CGCGUUAUUCAGGCCUCUCGCCCAUCUACCCCCAAAAACCCACAGCUCCCAACGCGCACAAGGGCUCGAGCAAGCAUGAAGGUGUUGACGCUCAACUUCCUGACCUGCGCCGUCAAGGCGUGCAAAUCCACGUCGGCGGCCUUCCCGCUGCACCCCAAGGACUGCGAGCUUGUGUCGGACACGCUCGAGGCAAAUCCGAAGCUGCUGUUUAAUAUUCUGCCGCGCAUUGACUGGAACGCGUUGAUUAUUACUGCGUCUGAGCUAGGCUUCCCGACUCUUCCCCCGACUCCACCAACGCCAGAGCAGCUCGAAAACGACCCUAAGAUGAUGCAGGAGCUGCACACGCUUCUCCUGGAGACGCAGAUCAGCGAGGGCAGUCUGGUGUGUGCGAACUGCAGCCAUGAGUAUCGGGUCAAGGAGGGGAUUGCGAACUUUUUGCUGCCGAAUCAUUUGGUUUGAGAGGGAGGGACGCUUUGCUUUCGAUUGGUAUAGAGAGAUUGAGUUGGUGGAGAGGAAAGAGAUGUCGAGGUAUGUGGGGGAGGUGGAAGAUACCCUGCUGUUGUACGUGAUUAAUGGAGUUUGGGAUUGGGUUGAUGGGAUGGGUCGUGCGUAUAUACUUACUUAUCUAUGGAGGCAUGCAAGAGAGUGGAAAAGAGAAAGGAACACGAAUUUCAGUCAGAGUCCUGGCAUCUGAGGGUUUGCCAGAGACGUACAUGCAUGCAUGCAGUCAUAGCCACUGUGGCAAUAUAGGAUCCUCCAUACUUUGCACAGCUCAGAAG